UAAGAGGCGGGAUGACGUCACCGCUGCCGCUGCUUUCUUUCAGUGCGUAAAUGUUUUAACGUGUUCAGUGUAAAUGACCCGCUACCCUAUUAAUUAUAACGUUACAGUGAUGGGUGCAAGUCAGCUACCCUGUGUCCCGCUUUAUUAGACUGAGCACUAAUACAGCACACCAUAAUAAGCUUGGUGGAGGUAUGACAUUAACCAGGGGCUCCUUCACUUAUUCCAGCGGAGAAGAAUAUACAGGAGAAUGGAAGGAAGGUCGGAGGCACGGUAAAGGUGAGCUGAAGUUUGCUGAUGGCACCUGUUAUAAAGGUCACUUUGAGAAUGGCCUGUUCCACGGAUCAGGGGUGUUAGUCUUUCCCGAUGGAUCCAGGUACGAGGGUGAAUUUGCCCAGGGAAAAUUCCAAGGGGUCGGAAUCUUCUGCAGGUUCGACGGGAUGAAAUUUGAAGGGGAAUUCAAAAGUGGCCGUGUGGAAGGAUAUGGGCUGCUGACAUUUCCAGAUGGUUCCCAUGGUGCUCCGCGGAAUGAGGGAGUGUUUGAGAACAACAAGCUUCUGAAACGUGAAAAGUGUCAGGCUGUGGUGCAGAGAGCCAAGAACUCGGCAUCUACUGCCCGUGGCUUCCUUGUAUGACAAACUGACCUCAGUGAAAGCACCCCUAACUGCAGCUUUCAGAUCAGGCCCCAAAUCACAUUACGGAUUGCAGCGUCACAAAUGAAGUCAAAGCUGACUGUGGAUCUGCGCUCAGGGGUGAUCUCUGCCUUCACCAAACAACGGAGCUCAAAAAUAUGUGAGACCCAUCAGACCCUCAGGGAUGGAUGAAAGUGUUUCCAUUCCACACACCUCUAUUUCUCUCACAUUGUUGCUCUGCCUUGGUUUCCUCUGUGGCUUAAAAACAUCACAAAAUUCUGUACGUUUGUUAUGGAGGCAUGGAUAAACUCAAGUCACCAUUGCAGGGAAAGAAGCCUGGUCCGAUGAAGAUGAUUUUGGUAAAUGAAUGGAAUUUGCCUUUACGAGCCUGCGAUUUGACUGUAUUGUUACUGUUGUAACUGUUUGUUUGUCUUUAUUGCACAUUUGCCUUAGUUCUUGCAUUAAAAGUCAAUAUUGCUGGAUUAAAAUCUUGUUACUGAUAUACAACAGCAGUGAGGGAAUGUUUUCAAGCGUUUUUGUUUUUUUUUAUAUAUAUUUGUUCAUUUCAUUCAUUUAAAAUUAUUAUGAUUUACAAACAGAGUAUGGGAUGUUGUAACAUUCUUUUUAGUUGUAUUCUUCUUGUACAUUAUAGAAAACUAUUUGAAAUUAUUUUAAAAAGUAUUGGGCUGUUAGGCAGGUAUACAUUAAUUUCAUAUGUUUGAUGACUGAUUUAACUGUGUUUGCUUUAUUUUCUAAACGGACUGCUAAUUCACUACUGUUUCAAUCAUCACAGUGUCAGACAGAAGCCUUAGUCACUUUCAUCUAAAAUGUACUGACACCAAAAAGCAUUUUGCACUGUUAUUUAUUUGAGCAGAGAAUCAAAAGACUGACAUGAAAAAAAUAAAAAUUGAAAUAAAAGUCAGAAAACACCA